GGGCACUGUUUGCAGCAAGCUCCUUGUCUCGCACAACAUGCUAUUUGGAAAUCCAUACUUCUAAGCUAGCAUGCAUAAGAUUGUAGUCAGAAAAGGAUAACGAGAUCAGCCUGGAGUCUGCAGGAAUCCAGUCUUCAGAGAAUGGGUGGCAUACAUUACCCGCCACCCAAUCUUAUCAACACAACAAUCCUGUGAGAACCAAGUCUUGGAAUUCUAGGACCUCACUCUUGUGCGUAAAUCAGCGUCUGCCAGCCGUUACCUAAAGACACAAUCCAAUCAAAGCUUAGCAAGUUGGGUCGACCGCAGCGGAGUCGAGAGGGAGGGGCCACCUCUUAAAGGAACAGCGAACCAACGGACAGCCUUGGACGGCCGGUCUUAGCUGACCUUCUUCCCAUGCGCCUUUUCGUCUGCCCGCCUCUUCCGGAGGGAAUGCGCUUCUCUGUUUGGCUGGAGAACGGAAGUGGAUUGAUAGUCCGGGAAUUUUAAACCUUUGCAAAGAGUGAAAGGCUGUUCCUGGCUACGGUUGGAUGCGGUGGCUGGUUGGUGAUUUCUUGUCGAGGUUUUUUGUUGCGUGCCUGAGGUGUGGAAAUCUUAUAUCUCAGUAUGGCCGUGGAUGACUAUGAGGAGCUUCUGAAGUACUAUGAAAUACAUGAAACUGUUGGUACAGGUGGCUUUGCGAAGGUUAAACUGGCUCGUCACAUACUUACUGGUGAACAGGUUGCAAUAAAAAUAAUGGACAAACUAGCUCUGGGGGAUGACUUGCCUCGUGUAAAAACAGAAAUUGAAGCCAUGAAGAGCUUAAGCCACCAGCACAUUUGCCGGUUAUACCACGUGAUCGAGACACCAAAGAAGAUAUUUAUGGUUUUAGAGUACUGCCCUGGAGGAGAGCUGUUUGAUUAUAUAAUUGCUAAGGACCGCUUAGCUGAAGAAGAAGCCCGUGUCUUUUUUCGGCAGAUUGUAGCAGCUAUCGCAUAUGUGCAUAGUCAGGGGUAUGCGCAUAGGGAUCUCAAACCGGAAAACCUGUUGAUUGAUGGUGAGCAUAACCUGAAGCUGAUAGACUUUGGUCUCUGUGCAAAACCAAAGGGUGGUCUGGAUUACCAUCUCAGCACAUGUUGUGGAAGUCCGGCUUAUGCAGCACCCGAGUUAAUUCAGGGCAAAGCUUACAUUGGCUCAGAGGCAGACAUCUGGAGCAUGGGAAUACUCUUGUAUGCUCUUCUCUGUGGGUUUCUGCCAUUUGACGAUGAGAAUGUGAUGGCGCUCUACAGGAAAACAGUGAGGGGGAUAUAUGAGAUUCCUAAAUGGCUCUCACCUGGCAGCGUAUUGCUUCUGCACCAGAUGUUGCAGGUGGACCCAAAGAAACGGAUUAUGGUAAAACAUCUCUUAAACCACCCUUGGCUUGUGCAAGGCUAUCCCUUUGCUGUCCAGUGGCAGAGUCAAUACCCUCUUGGGCAUCUUGAUGAAGACUGUGUAACUGAACUUUCUGUGUUUCACAAAUGCAGCAGAGAAAGUAUGACAGACUUAAUUUCACAGUGGAAAUAUGAUCAUGUGUCUGCAACAUACCUGUUGCUUCAGUCCAAGAAGGCACAUGGUAAACCUGUUCGUCUGAGGAUGCCUACUGCAACAGCUGAAUCUGCAAACGUCACUCCAUCCAGAGAAUGGAAAUUCAAAAAGGCCCUGAGUUAUGAAGAUGACCCAGAUGAAAUGUCAUGUGUAUUUGGAUCUAUGGAAUUUGUAUGCUCUUCUGAAGAAACGCGACCUGUAUUGUGCAAUACUCCCCAGACAAAACAGAACCAGAUGUUUCUGGAUAGUGGGGCAUUCACACCACCUCUGCUUCCUGUGCCAAGAAGAGGAGCAUCAAAGAAAUAUGCCAACAAAGAAAACUCUGGUGCUCGGGUUCCAGCAAAGCUUGAGCCCUUUGUGCUUCCUGCUCCCAAGACGCCAAAUUGUGUGAUGAAUGAGAAGAGAGUGCUGACCACACCAAAUCAUUUACUUCCACCUGAAGAAAGAAAUCAAGCUUCCAAAGAGACCCCAAUUGAGAAGCCAGCAACUCCUGCAAAUUUGGAGGAAUUAGCAGCAGGAGUCAUUAGCCCCGAGAGAAGGUGUCGCUCAAUGGAAGUGGAUCUCAACCAGGCUCACUUGGAAAGUGGUCAAAAGAGAAAAGCAGCCAAAAUGUUUGGGAGCCUUGAGAGAGGCUUGGAUAAAGUGAUCACAAUGCUUACCCCAAGUAAAAGGAAAGGAUCGGCAAAAGAAGGCCCAAGGAAGCUGAGGGCUCAUUAUAAUGUGACCACUACUAACUUAUUGAAUCCAGAUGAGCUACUGAAGCAGAUAAUUGCCAUCCUUCCAAAAAAACAGGUUGAAUAUGUGCAGAAGGGCUAUAAACUGAAGUGUCAAACGCAGUCUGACUUUGGCAAAGUGACAAUGCAGUUUGAGCUGGAGGUUUGCCAGCUGAGCAAACCUGAAGUUGUGGGCAUCAAGAGGCAGCGGCUAAAGGGUGAUGCUUGGGUCUACAAAAGGCUAGUGGAAGACAUCCUGUCUAGCUGCAAGUUAUAGCUUAGAGUUCAGAGCAAGAAUAUGGGCCGUUUUAACUAACCGUGUUCUCUUAGUUGACAGUAAAUUUGCCUGUCCUGUCCUAAGAAUUUAGUAUUUUUUUAAAUAGAGAGUCCUUUGUGAAUAAAACAUGACAUACUGUGUCCUUAUCUGCCCUUGUGUUGCUUUUUAAUAUGUACCUUUUAAUAUAUGAAUGUAAUUUCUGUCUUAGUGUGGAUGUGAACAUUGAAUUGUGACUUAUUUAGCAAAUGUAACUCUUCAGAAGUACACUUCUGUGCACAGCAUAUUGCCCUUCUUUGAAUUGGAAAAGGCAACACAUUCAAACUUUAAACUAUUUGAUAUUAGCAGACAGAAAAUGGAAGAAUGAACUUGUAAUUCAAGGGGAGUUUACUGAAAUGGUUAAACUAAGUCAUGACAGUGUUCCAGAAUUGAAAUGUAUGUUGAACAAAAUGAGACAUUAAUAAAUAUGUAAAAUCA